AUGUUUAAUAAUGAUGCCCAAUCUGUAUUUCUGAAAAAAUGGUUAAAGAAUUUAAUACAACCACUUUAUUCUGGAAUCUUUAAAAAUGAUAAUAAUUACUCUGAACAAUUUCAACCUAUAUCCGACUGUGAAUGGUCUGAAUUACCCAAUAAAUUCAUUCCACAGGGAGAGCGGGUGAUACGCCAGAUUUCUAGCGAGGAAAUGAAGAUGUUUGGUGCCGAUAGUUAUAAUGUUAUUCCUCUAAGCUCGUCUCUUUUAAGUAAUAAUAACCAUAUAAUCAAAAUCACUAAAUUUUUUAAGGUUAAUAACUAUAAAAUAUGUGCAUCUGUUCAAGAUGCAGAAUGUCAAAUUCUUGUUGAACUAACUCCCAUCUGUGUUACCGAAUAUGAAAGAAAAACAAGGGACAGAAUGACUUCAAAUACGUUGGAUUGCCUAUUCGUCAUUGGAGACUGUAGAUUAUAUUUUCAAAACAAAAAUGAGGUUCUUCAUAAUUUCAAUUGCAACACUUUUAGGAAUAUUAUCCCAGGAUUAAAUGCUCUUGACAGGGAUAGUUUGAUUCCUGUGUUAGUAAUAAACCAAAUAAUAUGCGUUGAUAGACAUCCCUCUAAAUCUCUUUCAACGCUCCCUUUCUUACACUCUUAUUUAUAG